AUGAAGGAAAUUGCUGAUGGCUUGGGCGAUGUUGGUUAUCCACUAACUGAUGAUGAUUUGGUGGCUUACAUUCUUGCCGGUCUCUUUGAAGAGUACAAUUCCUUUGUCACUUUUAUUGAAACUCUUCGGAAGAAAGUUUCCUUUGAUGAACUUCACGGUUACCUUCUCGGUUGUGAAGCUGCUAUUCUGAAGCGCAAACUUCGAUCCAAUUCCUUUGGACCUAUAGAAUCGUUUCAUGCUUAUGCCGCCACUCCUCGUUCUUCACAGCACUUUUCUCGCUUGCGUGGUUCCAACAACUCUAACUCUCAGCAUCGAGUUUUUCCUCCCACUAGUGGUCUGCUUCUGUCAUUGCCUUCUAAUUUUGCCCCAAAUUUUUCUUCUCCUCCACAAUUUGGUGUGCAAGGGUUUCACAGCCUCAAUUUUUCUCGAAAUUCGAGACAUGGGGGUGGUAAUUCCAAUCCAGGAGGUUCUUCUUCAUUCAAUUAUGCUGGUUUUUCUUUUGGCCUUAUUCUUGCAUGUCAGUUCUGCAACAAAAAAGGUCAUGCCGCUAACACUUGUCGCAAAUUGGGUUGUCUGCUCAAUGCUUCUUGCAGUUUAUCUUAUGGACCAUUUACUGGCUACUAUGCUAAUCCACAGUCUGCUGCUUCCUCUUCUUCUUAG